CAAGCAUCUAUUGCGGCCAUAACCACAUACUCAAGCCCAGCUUACACCUUGAGCAACCAUGUCAACCCAAGAGAAAGUAGCCGAUCCUGAGGUGGCGAAGCCAGCUGAGGCGCCACCGCCAAAAGCGGAGGCCCCGCCUCCACCCGCAGGUCCUCCGAACGUGGCGAGCUUGCUCACGGCAGACGUGGCUCUUCGAGGGUUGCUGUUUGCUUUGACGCUAAUCGCGCUCUUGGUCAUGGUCUUUAGCAAGCAAACGAAAGAAGUUCUUCUUCCAGGACCACCCUCAGAAGUUCUUCUCCCAGGACCACCCUCAGUGGCAUUUGUGGAGGCUAAGUUCGAAAACUCUCCUGCUUUCAUAUACUUUGUAGCUGCACUCUCAGUGGCUUGCCUCUACAGCAUCGUCACAGCACUCGCAUCCAUCUCCGCCGUCUUGAAGCCAGCCUCCUCAGCCAGCUUCCUCCUCUUCUUUGUGGUCUGGGAUGUGGUGAUGCUGGGAUUAGUGGCCUCAGCAACGGGAACAGCAGGAGGGGUUGCAUACAUAUGGCUGGAGGGGAACAGCCAUGUGCAAUGGGGCAAGUUUUGCGAUGCCUUUGGCAAGUUCUGUCAGCACCUUGCAGCCUCCAUUGCAAUCUCACUCCUUGCUGAUUUUGUUCUCAUCCUUCUCAUCAUCCUCUCCAUCUUCUCUCUGCACAAGAAGAUCCCACAGUAGAAUUUUCACACUUCGAGUGUGACUUUGGCCUGGCUGCUCAUGAUCCCUCUGUGAAAAUGUUGUCCAUGUUUUGUACCUCGAGUACAGGUAGAUAGAUCAUAGAUGUGUUCUGCUCGUGAAUAAAAAAUGUGUCAUCUGUCCUCUGUAUUGUCACUGCAUACGUCUUGUUCUGGCA